AUGUACGGUCAUACUAGCCAUGGCCAUGUUACCGGUCUUUACUACACUGAAGCCGUUAAUAGUUGGACUAUCCAAAGACACUAUCUCCCCCAACUAGAACUCUCCGUCUCCACGCACAUUGUAGGCUCGUCAAGCAGAACCACUCUGACGCAGACAUUUGUCAACCCCUCUGCCGAGAAGAGCAUCCCAGAGCUGAGGUACACGUUUCCGCUGUAUGAUGGCGUCUCCGUCGUUGGUUUUGUCUGCACUAUCAACGAAGACCGUGUAAUUCGUGGAGUCGUCAAGGAGCGUUAUGAGGCACGGAAACAGUACCAGGAAGCCAUCGACAGGGGCGAAACCGCCGGACUGCUGGAACAGCUUCCCAAUGCUAGUGAUGUCUUCACCACCACCGUCGGCAACGUCCCUGCUGGUGCUUCUCUCAAGGUGGAGAUCACUUAUCUGGGCGAACUGAAGAAUGACGCCGGGGUGGAUGGGAUCCGCUACACCAUUCCAGCUUCUGUUGCUCCUCGUUACGGUGAUUUCCCUGGUACCCUUCUCGAUGCGCCCCAAGCCGUUACCAAGUCUGGCAUCCAGAUCACUGUCGAUGUUGAGACGCCGGGGGGCUCAAACAUCAAGAGCAUCCAGUCCCCGUCCCAUCCCAUCUCUGUCACCAUCGGUCACACCUCCUCUGGAGCAGCUGCCGGCACUGAUAUGUCAUUGCAGAAAGCCUCCGCUACCCUUGCCCUUGGCACCGCAGAGCUUGCCCAGGAUUUCAUCCUGCAAGUAGUUGCCACCAACACCGGCAAUCCGAUUGCUCUGCUUGAGACACACACUGAUAUUCCCCAUCAGCGCGCUUUGAUGGCGACACUGGUGCCAAAGUUCAAUCUACCCUCAACACGCCCCGAGAUCGUCUUUGUCUGUGACCGCUCUGGCUCCAUGGGUGGUGCUAGAAUCGAAGGCCUCAAGUCUGCUCUUCGAAUUUUCCUAAAGUCCAUCCCCGUGGGCGCCAAGUUCAACAUUUGCUCAUUCGGUUCCACUUAUGAGUUUCUGUUCAGUGAUGGCUCUCGGUCGUAUGACCAUGAGAGCCUCAGGCUAGCAAUGGACUACGUGAGUCGGAUGGAUGCCGAUUUGGGAGGCACCGAGAUGUAUCAACCACUCGAAGCUGCGUUCGAGAAGCGCUACAAAGACAUGGACCUGGAAGUCUUCUUGCUCACUGAUGGCGAGAUCUGGAACCAGGAGCACUUGUUCACCAUGAUCAACAAGAAGGUGUCUGAGUCCCAGGGCGCAAUCCGCUUGUUUACCUUGGGAAUUGGCAAUGAUGUUAGUCAUGCUCUCAUCGAAGGUGCCGCUCGUGCUGGCAAUGGGUUUGCGCAGACCGUUACCGACAGCGAGAAGAUGAACGCCAAGGUAGUCAGGAUGCUCAAGGCGGGUCUGACUCCUCAUAUCAAGGACUACACCUUGGAGAUCAAGUACGCCAAGGACUCUGACGCCGGAGCGAAGACCAUCGAUGAGGAAAUGGACGAUUUUGAAAUCGUCGAAAAGGUGUCCGAUGCUUUGGCCAUCCGUCUCGCAAAUGGCGCUGACAAGCCAAACGAGCCAGCCAAGCCGAUUUCCCUCUUUGACGCCUCAGUCGAUCUCGAUAUCGAGAUGCCCGAUGCCGACGCGGACUUAUCUCUGGGAGAAAAGUUCUCGCACGUUCCCGCAGUCCCCGAACCAACAAUCCUACAAGCGCCUUUCACCAUCCCCCCGCUCUACCCUUUCAUCAGGACUAGCGUGUACCUUCUGCUCUCCCCUAGCACAGCACAGAAAACACCCAAAUCAGUUAUCCUCCGCGCCACUUCCGCUCACGGGCCCCUCGAGCUUGAGAUCCCAGUCGCCGUGCUGGAGGAGAAGGGCCAAACAAUCCACCAGCUCGCCGCCCGCAAAGCGGUACAGGAACUCGAAGAGGGUCGCGGCUGGAUAUACCACGCGACGGAUUCGAGUGACCCCGACCAGAAGCUGCUCAAGGAUAAGUACGAGGGCCGUUUCUCUGAUAUGGUAGAGCGAGAAGCCGUCAGGCUCGGGGUCACUUUUCAGGUGGGCAGCAAGUGGUGCAGCUAUGUCGCGGUAGAGGAGAAAGAUCGGACGGAGCACGAAGUGAAUCAGCGAGUUUCUGGAGCUGCCUCGGACAAGUCUACUGAGAGUUUUGGGUCUAAGCCUGUCGUCAGGUCGCGAAAAAUGGGGCGCUCCUUUGCUCGUUUAGCUUCGUCUCCUACGGAAACUUUGGUCGAGGAAUGCCUCUUUGAUACUCAAAGAAUGCCUGCUCCACUCUUCCAGGCAUUGCCUUCAUACUCCCCGGCAUCGCCUUCAUAUUCCCCGGCAUCGCCUCCUGGCUCGGCGCUCUUUAGUGUAAAUCCGGCUCCGCCAGCAGAUCAUUCACAAACUAUGGCAAGUCCACCUGGAAAGAAAAAGGGCAAGUCCAUUUCCUCUAAUUGUUUACCGGCGACCGCUUUGUAUUCCAAUCUGGCGGACCACCCUUCUUUUGAUAUGUCCAUGUCUCCUUGUCCUGCACCAAGUGCUCUCUACUGUGAUCAAUCACUUUCUGAUCAACUCAAUAUCUCUUCACGACAUCUUUUGUACUCUGCUCCUGUUUCAUCCUCUUCUGCUCCUGAUUCUGACAUAUCCUCUUACUUUAUUCCAUUGGAAGCUGAGCUGCCUGUAUCUACUUGUAAAUCUGAUUCUAACGACAUGUAUGUGACUACAGCAGCAAGGAUGGGCUCAAAUACGGCCUUCGGAGCCACUUCCUCCAAUAGCUAUGGAGGCGGACGCUUCGGCGCCCCAGCCGUUUCCCGUAGGAUCCCAGGAGCUCAUCUUUUUGGCUUCCCAGUCUCCAACAGCUCAGAUCCCGCCCAAGUCGAGCCUGAGACGGCGACACCUCUUGAGCCUCUCGAAGCCCUCGUAAGCCUCCAGCACUUUGAUGGCUCAUGGUCAUGGACAGAGAAGUUGCUCGAUAUUUUGGGGCAGUCCCAGUUGACGGAGGUGAAAGUCGAGGAGUGCUAUGGAGUGUCGAUGCCGCACACGGACAUGCUAGCCACAGCUUUGGUGUUGGCGUAUUUGGAGGCCAAGUUGGUGGAGGGGCGGGAUGAGUGGGAGAUGUUGGCUGAUAAGGCUAGGGAGUGGUUGAAGAGUGAGCUUACCAAGAGCUCCGAGAAGGGAGUGGUGUCUGUUGAGGAGCUUGUGGAGAAGCUUAAGGCGUGUUUGUAA